ACUAAAAUAGAAACAAAGUUGAAAAUUGUUACUGUACUAAUGACAGUAAUGUAACAGCUUGUAGUUUUAUUGCAAUUUUAUAAAUUUUUAAUUCUUUCAAAUUCAGCCAUUGUAUUGUCUGUUUUUAUCAGCAUAACUAUCUUGUUUUAUACAUGAGAAACCACAGAGAGAAUAAGUUACAUGCCCAAAUUCACAAGUAGUAGUAGAAAGGCCUAGACUUUUUACUUUGGUUAAUUCUUUUUCUGUUUAUUGAAAUACAGUAGUAACUCUCAAAAAUCACUCCGUUAUUCAGUAUUUAUUAAGUGCUCAGUGAAUACGAUUUAAAAAUAAAGCCUAUGGAAAGCGUAUAGAAUAAGGAAUAUUGGCUGGAGGGCAAGGUAUUUGGGGGAAAGUAAAAUAAUUGAGAUCAGGGUAGAAAGGCAGUAAGGGAGUCAUAGACUCUUCUUGAACAAUGGAGUACAAUAAUAAUGUGUGCAUAUUGGAUAUUUAACUAGGCAGAAAUGAAAAGAUUAGAAGAACGAACAAAACUGUAAGGAGGAAACACAUUUGAGAACUGUUGUGGAAAUAUAUUUUUAGGACUUGGUGGACUAAGAACAGUGCUUUGAGGGAGAGAGUAGAUGAUUCCUAAGCUUCAUACUGGAAUGCCUGGAAAAAUGUUGGAAAAUUACAGAGGCUUAUUUGGUAGGAAAAUGGUUAUUUAUUUUGGACAUGCUGUGGUUGAAAUCUCUACAGGACAUCCAGGUGGAAGAUGUAUGACUAGCAGGCAAAUUGUAGAUGGAAAAGGGAGCUGAGGAGUAAAAGGGCUGGAGACCUAGGCAGAGAAAUUAUUUGUGUUGAGGGAACAAUUGAUGCGGUAUCAUCAUUCCUUCUUUCCAGGUACCUUCAGUGCUUUGCAUAUGCAUAGCCUCAGUGUAUUUGAGUAAUGUGUGACAGAACUGUAUUCAGAUACCUGUUGUAUGACUUAAAACUGUACAGCCUCAGUAAGAGUGGGCACUUCAGGAUUCAAAGGAGCCCAGCCUUAAGCAUGUCAACAUGAUUGGCAGGAAAACACUGGUUCUUCAGGCAGGCUAAUUUAGUUGUAGGAGCAGAAAGUAAGUAAAGUUAUAUACCUUCUCUGUGCUAGGUAUUGGUAAGCCUUUUGUAUAUACUUUAUGUCUCAACAACCCUGUGAAGUAAGGAGUGUUGUUCCCAUUUUGCAAUGAUGAAACAGAGGCUUACGAGACGAUAAGUAAUAUUAGAGCAGGAAUUUGAACCUUCAGUGUUCCUUCGAUGCUAUUGGUCUUUUUACUGUGCCACACGUUGCUCUGUUUCCCAAUAAGACCUGUCAAAUAUUACUAUCAGGCUUAUGCUUAAGUAGGUUUUUUAUUUUGGCAUUAUGGCUGCACCUGGGACUGGCCAGACAGCUGCUGCUGCUUUGGAUUUAAAAUGUAAUUCGUUGCAUUCUGAUUAUGGGUGCCCAUUUAUCUGUAAUCAGAACACGUGUAUAAAAUGAAUAAAAAUGAAAGUUGGAUCACAUGUUUUUGCUCAGGUGCAUACCUUUUGGAAUGCUUUCAAACACCAACAUUUGUUUAUUGUCUUUUACUCUGCUGGAUAUGUGGAACUUUAUUUAGAAGGAUUAAUUGAAAGUUCAGAGAUCCCUGGAGGAAAAGAUACUAAAAUUACACAUUUUCAUAGCACUCUUGUUAGCUGAAAAUUGUCAACAUUUAUGACAUUACCAGGAAAACCACAAUCUAAUCCCAGUUUGCAUUGUUUUAAGUAGGCAGAAACAAGAUUGUAUAUUCUAAGAUACAAAGGCUUAUUUGUGCCAUGAAACUUCCUGUAAUAUCCAAGCCUGAGUAGAAGAAGGUACAUUUACUUUUCUGUCUUUUGUUUAUAUUCUUGUAUACUGCUCAGCAAAUUCGAAGCAAGAAACAUCAUCUCAAAACUAUAGGGUAGUGUCAAAUACAGGAACAAUGUAAUUUCUCUAGUAUUCAGAAUAGGAGAUACUUUAUUUUUCUCUUGAAAAGUGAUUUUAAAGUUUCUUGGCCAAUAUUCAGUGAAUCAUGAGAGACAAAAUUAAUGAAUAGCCUUCUAGCUAGACCUUCUUGUUCAGCUGAAUUAUGUUUCUCAGUUGCCAUACGCUUAAAGGAAGUUAACAUGCUUCCUUUCUUUAAUAUUGCUCUUUGUUCUUUGGGAAAAUGCCAUAAGAAAAUAGGAAGUACCUCUCUAGCAGUGUGUUUCAGUCUAAUUACUGACACUGACACCCUGUUCUGUUACUACUCCUUCUCCUUGCUAGCAGCCUGAAUUCUGCUUAUCUACUAAAAGGGGGAUUCCAGACAGACGAGGAAACAGCUUUCAAAUGAUAUACUGCAGGCGUACCGAGCUAUUCCCACACUGUGCAGUCUGGAAAUCAGGGGGCACCUCUUUGACGAUGAAUUCCAAUUAGUUGCUAAAGAUGCCAGAGUGUGUGCGUGCACAGGCGUUUUCUUUCCCCUCCCCCUUUCUUCCUUUUUCCAAGCCCCCUCUUCUCCCUGUUUCCCCUCCUACUCCUUUAUCCCCUCCCUCUGUGUCUCAGUUCUGCAGUACUCGGGGUUGAAGCACAUUCCUGCUCUGCAAGGCUUUCUGUUAAGGAUGUAUUGUGGCUUUUGUUUGGAUUGCAGCAUGCAGAAUUACAGCUGUUCAGAGGAGACUCAUUACAACUCCUGCUGAAGCUCCUAAUCUUCUUCCCUUCUCUUCUGCCCUUUCCCCCUACCCUCACUUGGCCUGAAGACGUUGUCCCCAGAGUUUGCCUUACUCCCCUGGUGCUAUGUGUAUGGUGAACUUGGCAUUAUGGCCGCGUUUGGAACUGGCCAGACAACUGCUGCUGGCUCUCCUUAUUCCAAGAAGGAUUUAAAGGGGAAUUGCACUGCAGGCAAUGCACCACAGCAGCAGCAUCAGGAGCUUGGGGACUAAGGCUCCUCUGGCAUUAUUACAUACAUGCAAAGCUGACCGCGAUGACAGCGGCUGCUCCUUUGAACUGUUGGAAGCAGCCAAGCGGCAGCAUGAAGUGACAGAUCACUCCUGAGCUCAAGAUGAACUCCACCUUGGAUGGUAAUCAGAGCAGCCACCCUUUUUGCCUCUUGGCAUUUGGCUAUUUGGAAACUGUCAAUUUUUGCCUUUUGGAAGUAUUGAUUAUUGUCUUUCUAACUGUAUUGAUUAUUUCUGGCAACAUCAUUGUGAUUUUUGUAUUUCACUGUGCACCUUUGUUGAACCACCACACCACAAGUUAUUUUAUCCAGACUAUGGCAUAUGCUGACCUUUUUGUUGGGGUGAGCUGCUUGGUCCCUUCUUUAUCACUCCUCCAUCACCCCCUUCCAGUAGAGGAGUCCUUGACUUGCCAGAUAUUUGGUUUUGUAGUAUCAGUUCUGAAGAGCGUCUCCAUGACUUCUCUGGCUUGUAUCAGCAUUGAUAGAUACAUUGCCAUUACUAAACCUUUAACCUAUAAUACCCUGGUUACACCCUGGAGACUACGCCUGUGUAUAUUCCUGAUUUGGCUAUACUCGACCCUGGUCUUCCUGCCUUCCUUUUUCCACUGGGGCAAACCUGGAUAUCAUGGAGAUGUGUUUCAGUGGUGUGCCGAGUCCUGGCACACCGACUCCUACUUCACCCUGUUCAUCGUGAUGAUGUUAUAUGCCCCAGCAGCCCUUAUUGUCUGCUUCACCUAUUUCAACAUCUUCCGCAUCUGCCAACAGCACACAGAGGAAAUCAGCAAAAGGCAAGCCCGCUUCAGCAGCCAGAGUGGGGAGACUGGGGAAGUGCAGGCCUGUCCUGAUAAGCGCUAUGCCAUGGUCCUAUUCCGAAUCACUAGUGUAUUUUACAUCCUCUGGUUGCCAUAUAUCAUCUACUUCUUAUUGGAAAGCUCCACUGGCCACAGCAAUCGCUUCGCAUCCUUCUUGACCACCUGGCUUGCUAUUAGUAACAGUUUCUGCAACUGUGUCAUUUAUAGUCUCUCCAACAGUGUAUUCCAAAGAGGACUAAAGCGCCUCUCAGGGGCCAUGUGUACUUCUUGUGCAAGUCAGACCACAGCCAACGACCCUUACACGGUUAGAAGCAAAGGCCCUCUUAAUGGAUGUCAUGUCUGAAGUGGCUCAGAUAUGGGGUUUCCCUGUGUAUGUGUGUGUUUUAUCUCUAAGUAUUUCUAAUUCAUUAGGAAAUCUGGGACAGAAUACUUUGACUCUAAGCAAUAGCAUACAAAUGAUUUGUAUGAAUACCUUCUAAGUUUGUAGAAAUGGUUUUCAAAAGUGCUUUUGAAGACUCAAGAUCAUGAAGACAAAUUGCUCCUGGUUCCAAUUUUUGAAAUGUUUUGGAAAUGACUACAGUUCUCAGAUUUAAAAUGAAUAAAGCCAUAUCUAACACCUCUCCAGCUGGCAUGACUGAACCUGAGUGCGAAAAGCGUCAGCAUUUUAAAAAGUCAUCAUUUUCUUGUCACUUCUGGGUUCUUUCCAGCUAUUUGGGCUUCAUGUGCAAUUGAUUUCUUCUAACAGGGAAUAGUAAAAUAUAAAUUAAGAGGUUUUAGAAAUUACUUUUUAUGUAUGCUGAAGUAUAACUACACUGCAAGUUUCAAUACUGUCAUUUAGAAAGCCAAAUAUUCUAUGUUUUAUUCUCUUAAGAGAAUUCUCAGUAGAGUGAAUAAUGUGAACACAUAAACAUGAAUUUUAGAAUUUUACAGUGAACCAUGAAGCAAAAGUGCAAUCAACUUAUACAGUUUAUGAAAAACAGCUAUUUUUUGUGCCAUGCUUCACAGAGAUCUAAAGUUAAGUGUGCAUAGAAGUGAUCAUGUUUGUAGUAUUUUUGCCCAUGCCUUUGUGUUAUGUCUAUAUUUAGAAUAUCUGAAUUGUUAGAUUUCUCUUUUAUAGCCAAAUGUGUUUAAAUAAGCUAAAAAACAAUUGAUAGGCUGUUGGCUGUCGGUUUUAUACUGGUGACUAUAUACAAAAAUGUGUCAUUAAUAUUCUCUGUUCUUUCUAUCCAAAGACUUCCAAAAUAUUAGAACAUCAGGGAGAAGGGUAUAUGUCAUAAGAAACUGAGUCAGAAAGUAUACUGUAGUAUGCUGUUUUGUUUGUUUGUUUCUUUUUGUUUGUUUGUUUAUAGAAGGGAGUUGAGACAUUUUCUUUGUGGUUAAAUGGAAUCAACUAAGUAUUUUUGAAAAGUAUUCUUUCAGUUAGUAUUAAGGAAUCCAUAUAUGAAGAGGGAAAGGGGAAACUCUAAGUCUCUUAUUGCUAUUCUCUUUCUGGGAAAAAAAAAAAUCCUUUGGCAUACAGUUCUUAAUAGUCUUUUUUUCCCCUUUCAUUUUAUUCUUCUGUAAAAUUAUUAUUGAGAGUUAUGUGUGUUUGUAUGUAGUAGUGAUGUUCGUUCUUAAAAGUGAUUAUCUUUAGAGCAAGAGGUUUAUUUUUCUAAAAGGAGAGAAGAAAUUCCGGCAGCUCCAGGCAUGAGAGUAUUUCCUCUACUUUUGUGCUGAUUUUAAUGUUUCGAGAAUCUUCAGGGGACUUACUUGAUCUCUCCCUUUGGUUAGAUGUUGUAAUCUGAAUGCAACAAUGGUGAUCAGUGAGAUGGAAGAUGGAAGAAACCCAGGGAACAUGGGUUAAAGUGGAUUUCUGAAUCCAAGAAAGGACAUAGGUAUUUAUAAAACAGGCAGAUAAGCUUUGGUUUUCCAUCAUGAUGCCAGUGUUCUUAUGAUUUUAGGCUUUAGACAUCAACUUGACUUUAACCUCAGUUGUGUUCUAUUUAAACUUUAAGUGACUAAGCAUUAUAUAAACAUUCAAACUUCAGAUUCUGGGUUUUUCCCAAAAGCUUGCUUGCUCUUUAUGUUUAGUGUUAGCAAAUUUUAUUCUAAGCUGUUUCAAAAUUUAGAACUCAUACUAAGAUCACAAGUUAUGUUAGAAACGGCUUGGUUAAAUUGUCAUUUCAUGUGGGAAAACUUUUCUGUUGGAUUCUGAAAAAUCUUUGUAUCGUAUACAUCUCCCUUUUAAGUGGUACAGAUCUAAAAAAACCAAAAUUUACCUUUUUUUAUAUAUGUUAGAGAAUGUAACCUGUUCAUAUUUGCAGUUCGCUUAUGAAUUUUUAGUUUAGAAAAUAUGACAAUUUAAAACACUUAAUUUUUGUAGAAAGAUUUGUUAAAUCAUUAGGUUUGAUCUGAUUUUGUUGUGUGUAUAUGUGUUGGGGAAGAGGAGAUGGAGAUGCUCCUGGACACAGUAAUGUCCUCUUCAGUGGCUGGGGGUGUUUUCUAUGUGAUAGGUUUGGAAAGUUCAUAUUUAACUGAUCUUUUCAUCCUGGAAUAUUUAAUGCAGCAUUUGAUGACAUUUAGUUUAAAUACCAGUCAGACUUCAAAAAAAAGUAUAUUUUUACACUCAGUUACCUUGGCAUUGAUAGGAUAGCUUAUUUAAUUUUAUAUUGGACGUGACUGGUAUCAGAGGAAACAUAUGCUUUUGGUGAUUAUGUUGAAAUUAUUUCAUAGUAAAUUUUAAACUAGACUAAUGUUAAAUUUGUAAACUAGUUUCAGUGAAAGUGGUUUGUUUUUUGCCCCCUUCUUAGAGUAGACAAGCAAUUAGAAGUAAACUCGUGUGCUCUACUUCAGUGAGAGCAUGAUCUUAACACUAGAAUGGAUAUUUACAUUUUUUUCAUCGGCCUGUUGACUCUUACCCAAAAUUUCAUUUUGGAAAAGGUUUUCUUUAAGCUUUAUUGCUGGAUAAAUUCUUUUUAAGCCUUUUAUGAUGGCUUUUCCUUUUUACUUGAAUAAUAGUCUCAGUAUUUUAAGGAUUGGGAAAACUUGAAUUUUUGUACCAUAAAUGCAUUGUCCACCUCCUUGAACUUGAAAAUGAAGCAACAGGGUUAUAGACUCCCAGAUGGUGGAAUGGUUUCUGGGAGGGUUUUUCCUCAGCUUUUCAGGUUUGUUUGAAAAAUCUGCACGGUGACUUGGUAUAGGAAUUAUCUUAAUUUCACUGACUGUAUUUUUGUUUCAUAAGUUGUUCUCAGCAUGCCAGAAUUUAUUGUUAUAUGAGCAAAGUUUGGGAAGUUUAAGAAUGGGAAAUUUGUGGCAUUAAGAUUUUUUUAAAGUCCUCAUAAAUCAUUUUGCAUGUUGAUUUUUGUGUAAUUUUUUUCAUUUCGGGUAGAAGAAAAACUAAACAUAAGUAUUUACAUUAAAUUUAGAUAUUAUUAUGUUGCAGACCUUGGAAAUAUUGUAGACAUUUCUCAUGGCUGUAAACAAGUCAUUUGGCCUUUCUUCAAAAUUUGUGUGACAAAAGGGCAUCAUAUAGUAAAAAUGAAGUUGGAACUGAGAAUUUUAAAAUGUAGGUUUCUGUUUCUAAGUAGUUUUGUAAAUAAGGACAAGUCACUUCUCUAAGCAUUUAAUUUCUUGUAAAAGGAAAUAUAGAUCCCUUCAUACCUCAUACUGUUAGUUUGAGGAUUGAGUUAAAUAAUGGAUGUAAAAGUACUUUGUAAAUCGUAAAGUGCUUUGCAAAUAAAAAUGGUUACUAUUAUUUGUA